CAAAGUAACCCCAUUUUAUGGUAUGUCUGUGCCAAUCAUCACACAUUGGUCAUAUCAUUAGUUAUGCACAUACAUCUGUGCCAACCAUCUUGCAUUAGUUAUAGGGCCCCUAAAUAAUUUCUUAAGUAAACAUUAUUAAAAAUGACCCAUUUUUGCCUACAUUUUUGAAAAUUGUCCAUAAAAUCCUCCUUUUUCCCCAUGAGUUCAGGACUUCAGGAAAUUCUCAUUUGUUAUUCAUGAUUGACAACUUUUCAAUCCAAAUUUUGCCCACCUGAGAAGUUAGGGAAUGCUUCAAGGCAUGGUAAAUGGUUAGCUCAGCUUCUCCAGAGAGGUAGUGUGCCACAACCAAAAGUUGAGGAAAGGUGCGUCACAUAUGCAAGCAAUAUCAUGAACAUGACACCAGGCUGACCAGCUAGUGCCAACUGCCAAGGUCUUUUCAAAAUCAAAAGAGAUACUAACAGCAAACUACAAAAAACCCUGGUGAAUUAAAAAAUGUGCAGUGCAGUUUCCCAGAAAAGCUUCUAAGGAAAAAGUCUUAUCCUAGAUAUAUACUAUAUACUCUCAUAGCCAACAAACAUUUAGAAGAUGAAAUGUGAAGUGAAGCAUAACUUGUGGAAUAAAUUCUGCAACACGGUAACCUCAGUCGCACCUCUAAAACAUGUAAAAGACUUACAAACCCAAUUCUGCCAUAAAUGACUACCCUUCAUCUCCAAUAACUUGAGCUUCUGUGCUGCCCACUCCAGAGUUGAGGCUCUUGCAUUCUACUUGGAAAAAUCAAAUCUCCUACACCUUCUCUGUACCCUUCACAUAUUCUCUCUUUAAAUUAUUCUUUUAGGCCAUUGCACUAAGUGAUGACAGCCCCAGAGACUUGAAUGAACAAAUUUCUCUCCAAAUAUGUUAAUUUCCAAUUUAUCAUUCAUUGCUAACUUAUAAAAUUGCUGCAAGCAUCCAUAUACCUGUGCCUUGAGUUGAUGCUAAAAUCAUGACUAAAUGUAUAUACUCUUUCUUCCUUCUGAUUUGUAUCCUUUUUCAGAAGUUCACUUCAUUUGUUUUAUUGAAUUGCUUCCAGUCAGAGCUAAAGAUUUCAUCCAGGAUGUUCCAACUAUCAGAAAUGAGAGAUAUGGUUCGAGUUCCUCCUUUGAAGUUCAAUCUUCCUCUAGAACAAGCUAUAAUGGAAGAACUCAACAGGAAAUUAGCCAAUAAAGUUGUCCUGAAUGUCGGUCUAUGCAUCUGCGCCUUUGACCUUGUGAAGAUGGAGAACUCUUACAUCUAUCCUGGGGAUGGGGCCUCCCACACACGCACAACAUUUCAGUUUGUGGUGUUCAGACCCAGUAUUGAGGAAAUUCUCGAGGGAGUUGUCUUGUCAGCUUCAUCAUCUGGCUUGCAAGUUAGCUUGGGAUUUUUCUCUGGGAUCUUUAUAAAGCCAGAAAACAUGGUGGCUGGAUCUUACUACGAUGAGACUGAAAAAGUCUGGAUUUGGAAUUACCAGGAGGAACACAAGCUUUUUAUGGAUGUGGGCCAGAAAAUCAGACUACGUGUGAUAUCAGAGAGCUUUGUGGACACGACGCCUUCAGGGCCACAGCUGGCUGCUGAGCACCAGGCUGCGGUCGCGGCUGCCGCUGCCGGCAGCGUUGUUGCUGUCGCCAAAGAUCCUUUCUCUGAAGUACAUCCUUAUACCAUCUACGGAAGCACAGAUGGAUCAGGGCUAGGGAUGAUAUCAUGGUGGGCUGAAGACGAAGAUGAAGAUGUUAAAGAUGAAGCUAACGAAGGCCAAGAAGAUUCGCAAUCUGAACAUCUGGAAUCAACCUAAUACAUAUUUCAUAUGAAGUAGAUUUUUAUUAUGACAAUUAUUAUUAUUAAUUUUUUUGCUCGAAUUCCCACGCGAUAAUAGGAACAAAGUUUGUGCGAAAUCAGUCAUGGCCAAUUGUUGGUAGACAAUAUCGCAUUCUUGACGAAAGUUGACAGUUGGUAAAUUAUGUAAACCUUCAACGGUUGUAAACGCACAAUGGUAUUCCCGUAAGUGAUAAUUCUUGGCAUGCAAAUUCUGGCAUGGCCAGGCCGAGGCGGAUUAACGUCCUAUCAAAGGAUCUAAGAGAGGGGGAGUUCACCAUGGAGACCUUCAAGAGACGACUGGACGUGUUCCUAGGCAGUUCCUGAUCGUCCGCUCCUGCACCACUACCAGCGGCGAACAGCAACAACAUCGUGCAUCAGCUGUCCCAAAUGCGCUAUAGUCAGAGGCAUUCUGUUAUCAAUGAUGUGCCCUGGGCAAAAUUUCACUUCUAUCUUAUCAUUUCUCUUCUAUAUCUGUUCACGCCACAUGCUUGACUUCACCGAGCAUUGGAUACUUGUCAAUUUGAUGCCAGUUAGUGCGCGCGCUAGGGGCGGAGACGAUGGGAAAGGAGGGUUGGAGGGGCUGUGCUGGCUAGGAACUGUGAGCACGCACGUAUGGUCGUAUUUGGGGAAAGACGAAAAUGGAGGCAAACUUUGGGGCGUCAUCUGAUUUGGCUGUGAUAUUAAAAUAAAAUUUUUAAGAUGAA